GGCAGGUGCCUCAGGCGGCGGUAUUGAGAAGCGCCGCCGGAGGUGGUAAAGGAGGCGUUCUGUCUUCAAUAAAGGAAAAAUGGCAUUCAGUAAAGGCUAUCGUAUCUAUCAUAAACUGGACCCACCACCAUUCAGUGUAAUUGUAGAAGCCAGAAACAAGGAAGAAUGUCUCAUGUUUGAAUCUGGAGCUGUGGCUGUUCUCUCAUCUGCUGAGAAAGAGGCAAUCAAGAAUAUGUACUCCAAGGUAAUGGAUGCAUAUGGACUCCUAGGUGUAUUAAGAUUAAACCUUGGAGAUAUAUUGCUGCACUAUUUAGUACUUGUUACAGGAUGCAUGUCCGUUGGAAAAAUUCAAGAAUCUGAAGUUUUCCGUGUUACUUCAACUGAUUUGAUAUCACUGAGAACUGACCCUUCAGAUGAAGAACGUGUCUCUGAAGUGCGCAAAGUGUUGAAUUCAGGAAACUUUUAUUUUGCUUGGUCUUCUACUGGAGUCAGUUUAGAUCUUAGUCUAAAUGCUCAUCGUAACAUGCAAGAAGAAAGCACUGAUAAUAGAUUUUUCUGGAAUCAAUCAUUGCAUUUGCAUCUUAAACAUUAUGGAGUGAAGUGUGAUGACUGGUUGUUACGACUCAUGUGUGGUGGAGUGGAGAUUAGAACUAUUUAUGCAGCUCACAAACAAGCAAAGGCUUGCAUUAUUUCCCGACUAAGCUGUGAGCGAGCUGGGACCAGAUUUAAUGUUCGAGGAACAAAUGAUGAUGGCCAUGUAGCUAAUUUUGUUGAAACAGAACAGGUGAUAUUUCUAGAUGAAUGUGUGUCGUCUUUUAUACAAAUACGUGGAUCUGUUCCAUUAUUUUGGGAGCAACCUGGCUUACAGGUUGGAUCUCAUCGUGUCAGAAUGUCAAGAGGAUUUGAAGCAAAUGCACCAGCCUUUGACAGGCAUUUUCAUACUCUUAAAAAUAUACAUGGUAAGCAGAUAAUUGUGAAUCUUCUUGGUUCAAAAGAAGGGGAGCAUAUGCUUAGCAAAGCUUUUCAGAGCCAUUUGAAGGCAUCUGAACAUGCUGAUGACAUCAAAAUGGUAAACUUUGACUAUCAUCAAAUGGUGAAAGGUGGAAAAGCAGAAAAGCUGCAUAGUGUUCUUAAGCCACAGAUCCAGAAAUUCUUUGAAUGUGGAUUUUUUUACUUUGAUGGAAAAGAAGUUAAAAGAUCACAAAGUGGUACUAUAAGAACAAACUGCUUGGAUUGUCUAGAUAGAACAAAUAGUGUGCAGGCUUUCAUUGGCUUGGAGAUGUUAACAAAACAAUUGGAAGUUUUAGGGUUAGCUGAAAAACCUCAGCUGGUUACUCGAUUCCAGGAGGUUUUUCGGUCCAUGUGGUCUGUUAAUGGUGACUCGGUCAGUAAAAUAUAUGCUGGAACUGGAGCUCUUGAAGGAAAAGCAAAGACUGGGAAGCUGAAGGAUGGUGCACGGUCUGUGACCAGAACAAUUCAAAAUAACUUUUUUGAUAGCUCAAAGCAGGAGGCUAUUGACGUUUUGUUAUUGGGCAAUACCCUGAAUAGUGAUUUGGCAGACAAAGCACGGGCUCUCUUAACCACCAGCAGUUUACGUGUUUCAGAGCAGACUUUGCAAUCAGCAUCUGCAAAAAUACUGAAGAGCAUGUGUGAGAACUUUUAUAAGUAUUCAAAGCCCAAAAAAAUUCGAAUUUGUGUUGGAACAUGGAACGUCAAUGGUGGAAAGCAGUUUCGAAGCAUUGCCUUUAGAAACCAGACUCUUACUGACUGGCUUUUGGAUGCACCAAAGAUAGCUUGUAUCAGUGAAUUCCAAGACCGAAGGAGCAAGCCUAUUGACAUCUUUGCUAUAGGGUUUGAAGAAAUGGUAGAGCUAAAUGCAGGAAACAUUGUGAGUGCAAGUACAACUAAUCAGAAGUUAUGGGCUGCUGAAUUGCAGAAGACUAUCUCAAGAGAUUACAAAUACGUUCUUCUGGCUUCAGAACAAUUGGUGGGUGUGUGCCUCUUUGUAUUCAUUAGACCUCAGCAUGCCCCUUUUAUCAGGGAUGUUGCAGUAGACACUGUAAAGACUGGUAUGGGAGGAGCUACUGGUAAUAAGGGUGCAGUAGCCAUUCGAAUGUUGUUUCAUACAUCCAGUCUUUGCUUUGUGUGCAGUCACUUUGCUGCAGGGCAGUCACAAAUCAAGGAGAGAAAUGAAGAUUUCAUGGAAAUAUGUCGCAAACUGAGCUUCCCAAUGGGAAGAAUGCUUUUUUCACAUGACUACGUAUUUUGGUGUGGUGAUUUUAAUUACCGUAUAGAUCUUCCUAAUGAGGAAGUAAAAGAACUAAUUCGGCAGCAGAACUGGGAUGCUCUUAUUGCAGGAGAUCAACUUAUUAAUCAGAAAAAUACAGGGCAGAUAUUUAGAGGCUUUGUUGAGGGGAAAAUAGCCUUUGCUCCAACAUACAAAUAUGAUUUAUUUUCGGAUGACUAUGAUACCAGUGAAAAAUGUCGUACACCAGCUUGGACAGAUCGGAUAUUGUGGAGAAGACGAAAAUGGCCUUUUGACCGAUCAGCGGAAGACAUGGAUCUUUUGAACUCCAAUUUUCAUGAUGAAAGUAAACUUAUUUACACAUGGAAUCCAGGAAAUCUUCUAUAUUAUGGACGGGCAGAAUUGAAAACAUCUGACCAUAGGCCUGUGGUUGCACUGGUUGAUAUAGAUAUUUUUGAAGUUGAUGCUGAAGAGCGACACAAAGUUUACAAGGAAGUAAUUGCAGUGCAGGGACCUCCUGAUGGUACUAUAAUGAUUUCCAUUAAGGGAUCUUCGUUAGAAGACAACUAUUUUGAUGACAACUUGAUUGAUGAACUUCUUCAAAAGUUUGCAACUUAUGGCGAAGUUAUACUCAUAAGAUUUGUAGAAGAUAAAAUGUGGGUGACGUUUUUGGAAGGGAGUUCUGCUUUGAAUGUUCUGAAUCUGAAUGGUAUUGAGCUCCUUGGAAAAACUGCUAACAUUACUUUGAAAAGCCCUGAUUGGAUUAAGAGUUUAGAAGAAGAAAUUAGUUUGGAGACAGUUAAUAUUGGACUGCCUUCAUCAACAAGUUCUACUUUGCUUUGUGAAGAUGCAGAAGUUACUGCAGACUACGAUAUGGAAGGUGAUGUUGAUGAUUAUAGUGCUGAAGUAGAAGAAAUUCUCCCACAGCAUCUACAGCUAGCUUCAGGCUCUGGUCUUGGAGCCUCACCUGCCUCUUCCCCUCGUUCAAGCCCCUGCCAGUCACCUACUCCAUCAGAAGGAUUGCCUCCAACUCUUCCAUCAAGACCAAGCAGGACACCUAAUAAGACUCCCGGACCUCCUGCGUCUUCUCAAGGUUCACCAAUAGAUUUUCAACCUAUAACUCAACUAAAAGAGUCUACUCAAGGCUUGGAGCCAAAACGCCCACCUCCACCUCGACCAGGAGUGCCUCCUGCUCGCCCUGCUCCACCACAAAGGCCACCUCCUCCAUCAGGGAGUAAGAGUCCUGCACUUACUAGAAAAGAAUUUGGAGGUUUUGGUGCUCCUCCCAGCCCUGUUGUAGCUAGGAGAGAAGAAGCUUAUAAUCAGUCUCUGCCUCCCACUGGACAAAUAAACACAGGAACAUCUGGACACAGUACAUGUAGACCAACUGUUCCUCCCCGAGCUGGAGUUAUUAGUGCACCACUAAGUCAUGUGCAUCCCUCUAUAGGAAAGCAUAUGCCUGAACUCCACCCUAAGCCACCAGAAUUUGCAACAGGUAAGAUUGGGUCCCCUAUGCUUCCUGAACCACUUAAACCACAAGCCGCUGUUCCUGUUCAUCCCACCUCUGUCGUAAAGAUGCAGGAGCCACUUAUACCUAUGACAGCAACGUCUCAAACAGCUUCUCCACCAAACCUGGAAGCACCACCACAGCCUCCCCCACGCAGCAAAUCAUCCCAAAGUUUGCCUUCUGACAACAUUCCAACACAGAAGCAAAUUAGAACAAAUGGAGUUCACACUAUUCAGCUUGAAACACAACUAAACAAUGAUCCUUUUGAAAAUCUGUCCUUUCAGCUGCUUUCUGAAUCUAAGAUUCAGUCAGUUCAAAUGUCACCGAUUGUUUCUUUAAAACAAAAGAAGUUGACAAAGUUGCCUUCUGCAACAGACAAUUUUGAUAUUUUCAGUAACAUAAGCAUGCCACACAGUAAACCUGAGGUACACAACUGCAAUUCUCUGAAUCCAUUUGCUACCAGAUUAAAUAACACAAAUCCAUUCACUGAAAAAACUAUUACAGCUGGAAAUCCAUUUAGAACAGAAACUCAAGAAUUUGGAGCAACCUCACAUUGUACAGCAGAAGGACCCACUUCUUAUCGAUUUCCAUCUCUAAAGCCUUCUAUUCAUCAAAAAGGCAAAGCUACAUUUUAUGUUGAUACAUUUGAAGAUGAUUUUAGUUUGCAGAGUACGUCUUCUAUAUCUAACAAUGGAAAACAAAAAGGAUGGGUAACAUUUGAAGAGGAGGAUUUAGUGUUAACCCUGAAACCAUUAGAAAAUCCCACUGAUUUAAAGAGAGCUUCUUCCCUGCAAGCAACUUGUUUUUCACUGGGCACUGAACAAAAUAUCACUGACUCUGACUUUACUGUUUACAGUGGCCAUAACAAAAGCUCUGACUCUUUUCAUCUGUUGCCAGCAAGACCUCCUCCUGCACCUCCUAUACCAUCCAGAUCUGCCAGCACCAAAUCAGCUACAGAUCCUUUAAUUUGUUUAGCACCUAAAGUAUUACCGACACAAGAUUUUAUGGAAAGAUAAAUUAUUUAAACUGGGUAAAAAUGAUUUGUUAAAAGUUAACUAAUAGAACUGAGCACUGAUUUGAUUUAAUUCUGUAUGUGCAAUACUUCAAUUAGAUGCACUGAAUCUUAACGUUUAGGUCACUACAUAAAGGUGGCAGGGUAGGGAGUCAUGCACAAAAUUAAUCCCACUAGUGAUCUCAUUCUGUUCCUUUAAUGGACACAAUGCAAGGAAAAGUUAUGCUUGUUUAAAUUCCACUCUAAUUCAUAGGAAAGUAUAAAAUUAAGUAUUCUCUCUUUCAAGAAAGCAUGUAUUGCUUUCUCUGAAUAAUGCACAUAACUU